UUCAUUUUUGUGUGAAAGCAGUUUCAUUCCGUCACGGUGGCGAAAAUGUCAGAGAAAGAAUCAGAAUCGGAAUCGAUGAAAUUAGGUUCAGAAGAGCUUUCGAGUGAGUUCAAAACUCUCGUUAGUUCCGAUGAUCUUCGUUCCUUAAACCAUCUACAACACACAAUAUUGGGAAGAUUGCAGGAUAGUAAUGCAGUGUUAUCACAUUUCAAUGAUUUCUCUCAACAUUGUUUUUCUGAGAUUUCUGGUGACAUGGGAAGAAACACUCGUGUGUUGAAGUCUAUCAAAACCGAUCUUGAUUAUAUUUUUCUUAAACUUAGGAACAUGAAGACAAAACUUUUGACAACUUAUCCAGAUGCAUUUCCUGAAGAUUCAAUGAGCACAGUUAUUGACAGGAGACCGGAUCUUGAAAUGCCCAAGUAACUAAUCUCUAAUGCUGUUAUUGAACACAAACUUUAGAACAAGUUAUAACGAUACACAUAUUUUGUAUUGUUUUCUUGUCGAAAAGAAAAUUCAUAUCAUUGGCAUUA